AUGGCCCAAAGCUCACACGGAGGCAGCCAUCGACCGCGUCGCGAUCAUGAUGGCAGUUCGAUACGGUACACAAACUCAGACUGGGAAGCCAAGGAGGUGCUCUACCAACGAGAAUUGGAUGAAUCACGAGCAAGAGCCACACAGAUGGAAAAAACAAUGAGAUGGUGGUCAGACUGCACAGCCAAUUGGAGAGAGAAAUGGAGCAAGGUACGUAAUGAAAGAAACAAAGCUCGGGAAGAAGCUAAACAGUUCAAAAACAAAGCUGAUGCUCUAGCCAAAGAGUUAGCGGCUAUCAAGACUGAGAAGACAGAUCUGGAACAGCAAUUAAUUGAGCUUAAAAAAGAUAAUGAAACACUAUUAAGUAUAGGUGAGAGCCGAAUAGUCUCUGGUGAGUUGACAGCUGAUGAUGGAGUGGAAUUGAGAAGGAAGAAUCAUGGAUAUGUAUCUCCAAACGAGCAGUCUAUGAGGCAACGGGCAUCGUUAGAUUCACAUAAAUUCUCAAAUGUCGAUAAUGUACUUGCAAACAAAUUAAGUGAAAUGCGUCUCCGUUUGGAUGAAGCAUGCAAGAGUUUGCAGAGCGAGAAAGAUCAGAAAACUUAUCUAUUAUCCAAAAUAGAGACGCUGACAGCUGAAUUACACGACACCAAGAUGGAGUUGACGCAUAAUGAUAGGACAUUGGGGUCGGAUUCUAGUCACAGUGAAGUGGAAAGAUUGCAGAAUGAACUGCAAGACGAGAUAGCAGCUAAACAGGUGCUAGAAGAAAAGAUAGCGGAAUACAAAAUGGAGAUUGAGAGAUUAAAGUCUGAAAACACGAUACAAUGGAGUAAACGAGAGUUGCUGGAAACUGAGAACAUAGCUAUAUUGAGGGACAAUAAGAAAUUAUACAGCCAAGUCUGCGAGCUUCGUGAACAAAUACAUAAAUUGAAUAGAAUAUCAGACGGCAGUGCGUACGGCGUGCCCUUCGAGCAUAGAUUAGAUUCAAACGUGCUGUACACGAGGAAGACCAGCGUCAGUCCAAGGUCACACGAGUCAAGCAACGGCUCGUCAGAAGCAAAUCUAACGAAUUACGACACCAAAACAACUUCAGGCGAGGAAGAUGAACUGGCGAUAAUAGAAAAACACGACAAACAUUGA